CGGUCAGCGUGCGAAGGAUGAGGUGCUGUUGGCUGUUGAUGUCGAUGGUGGCGACGGUGGGAUCGGUCGCUGAUGAUGUUCGUGUCGUUGAUGUUGUUCGGGCCGCUGAUAUUGUUGUCGAUGUUGUUGAUGUUGUCAAUGUCGCCAAUGCUGUUGCCAUGGAAUGGUAUAUUCACCACGCCGCCAGACAGCGAGCGGCCUGUGCCGGCGUGGCGGACACCGCCGACAGAUGCCGGGAACGGACAGCGUCGUUAGGGGGUUCGCGAUAUCGAUGCACUCAGCAGAUGCACUCAGCGGAUGCGAUCGGCGCUGCGGGUUUUUGGUGCGCGGAAGGCCCGGGCGGAUAUGCAUCGUAUCCGCAGAUCUGCGUUUGACUCAUCCUUCUCUCUCCAGAUCCGAUCGCUCUUCUCUCUCCAGAUCCGAUCGCUCUUCUCUCUC